AUGAUCUUCUACAAUCAGGUCGACAUUGUCAAUCACAUCCAGUCGGACGGUCCAUUUCUUAAAGAGUUAUUCUCGGUCUUCGACCCGAGGAGCGCCGAUGCGAAGCGGAAAGAAGAUGCGGUCCAGUUUCUCCACCAAUGCGCCUCAAUCGCGAAGAACCUACAAGUUCCGGAACGCGCCACCUUGUUUGGAAACCUGAUUAGCCACGGCCUUUUUGCGGUGAUUGUGUUUGCUAUCAAGCACCCGAACCCAGCGAUUCGGACCACAGGCAUUGAUAUCCUAGUAGCGCUCCUCGACCAUGACCCCAUCAUGAUGCGCAGCUAUAUGCUCAAGGCCGUUAACGAGAAGAAGACACCGCUGACGGACACUCUUAUCGAUCUGCUUCACACCGAAGCCGAUCUUGGUGUGAAGAACCAACUUGCAGAUGCGAUCAAGGUCCUAUUGGAUCCUCAAGUUCCCUUGCAGGCCGCAAUGGCUCGGGCUGGUCCUGAACAUGCGGCCAAGAUGCGCUCUAAUAUGCUUUCGGACGCCUUCGUUCAGAACCACUUUGACGAGUCUUCGAAACGACUUUUUGCCCCCUUGAAACGACUCGAGAACGAAUCUUGCGCCUAUGAUUUGACCUUCAAGGAUGUCGCACUGUACUCCCAUCUCGUGGAUAUCCUCACUUUCUUCGUCCGCCAACACCUUUACCGCUGCCGCAAUGUUAUUCAGAACGAGCGACUUGCUGCGUAUAUUACGCAAUUACUGCGCGUGCCGCAGAAGCACCUUAAACUUAUUGCCUUGAAAUUCUUCCGAACUUUGCUCAGCCUUCAAGAUACCUUUUAUCAAGCUUUGAUGACGCAUAAUGACACAUUUGGGCUCAUUCUUGACAUUGUUUACGAAACCAUGCCGCGCGAUAACCUGCUCAAUUCAGCCUGCCUUGAACUUUUUGAAUUUAUUAAGCGGGAGCAUAUCAAGCCGAUCACCUUGCAUGUCGUUGGGAAGUAUGGCGACAAGCUGAGGAAUAUCACUUAUGUCGACACAUUCCAAGGGUUGAUCCUACACUACGAGCAGCUCCAGGGCUAUAGCGAGGAAGGGGACUCGACACUCUAUUCUCAAGAGGAGACGACGCCGGUUUUGAAGACAGCGCACAACGGACGUUGGCAAGGCGUGAAGGAAAUGGACCCUACGGAAGAGGAAUACUUCAAUACGUCGGAUGAUGAAGAUGAGUGGCUACAGGACCGAACUGCGGCAACGCUCAUCUCACAAGUACCCAACGGAGCUGCCUCCCCCUCUGUCAAGUCCCUGGUGGACUAUCCUGAUGAUGACGAGGAGGACAAUGAUGCGAUGGACACAAAACCAGAAUCCGAGACGGAAAGGAAAGAGGAUUCAAAACUGGACGAACCGAACGAUGCUAUCUCUACCGAUGAGGCUGAGGAUCCGCCAUCGACCCCAGUACAAGCUGUGCAGACACCGCCAGAGAGGCUGUCGGAGAAACGCCGACGAGAGGAGGAAGACGACGACGAACUUGUUAAACUCACAUCAGUGCCCAAGCGGAGAAGCUCCACGAGCAGCUCAUCCGGGACAGCUGGGCUGUUACGGAAGAAGCGUAGCGGCUCUAUCGGCUCUGUCUCCAUAACCGACAAAGCCGCAGCCCAAGCUGGAACCGGCGCCAAAGCAGCGCCAAAGAGAAUUGCUAUCAACCUCGGUUCGUCAACCAAAACUGCCGACAUUCGGGAAACACCUGCAAAUGAGAAUGAGAAGGAGAAUCAGAACGAUGGCGGUAGCGGCGAGGGAUGA